AUGGUAUACGAACAAGCGCGCUCGUCUAUGCUUCUGGGCGGGCGGGAAGGUGUUAGGGCGGCCACAGCGAUCAGCAUCGGCGCGACGCUGCCGCCCAAGGCGCGCCCGAUACCAGGGACACAGAAAACACUAGGAGCUGUUAUAGCACGUGCGUCGGGACGUAAUGCGCAUGCCCGCGCGGCGUCGGGGAAAGCUCGAGAAAAGCUACGAGAGCGAUAA